AUGAAUAAAACUUUUUAACUUCUUCAACAGUUUCUCAAACCAUUCAUCUACAAAUAGAUGCUAAUGAACUCAUAAGGGAACUCACUCCUCUCUCAAAAACCUAUACCCAGAAAUCAAGAUAAGCAAAUCGAAGGUACAAAGAAUGGCUGCCGUGACGAAAACCGAGGUUUCUAGUUUGGUGGGGAAGCUUGAGACAGACGUGGAGAUCAAAGCUUCGGCUGGAAAGUUCCAUCACAUGUUCGCCGAGAAACCACACCAUGUCUCCACAGCAUCUCCGGGGCACAUUCAAAACUGUGAACUGCAUGAAGGCGAAUGGGGCAAAGUUGGCACUGUCGUCAUCUGGAACUACGUUCAUGAUGGGGUGGCAAAGGUGGCGAAGGAGAGGAUCGAGGCGUUGGAACCGGAGAAGAACUUGAUCACGUUCAGGGUCAUAGAAGGUGAUUUGAUGAAAGAGUACAAAAGCUUUGUGAUAACGAUCCAGGGGACUCCUAAACAUGGAGGGCCUGGAAGUAUUGUGCACUGGCACCUUGAGUAUGAGAAAAUUAGCGAGGAGGUUGCUCACCCUGAAACUCUUCUCCAAUUCUGUGUCGAUAUGUCCAAAGGAAUCGAUGAAUAUCUCUCGACCGAAUAAUGGGGAUUGGUCCUUGUGUGGCUUUGUAAGUGUGUACGUCUUAAACAUGUUUGUUUAAAGCUAGUCUGUACGUCAAACUGCAGUAAAUCAUGAGCCGUGACCGAGUUUGGGUAAGAUAUAUAUUUUGGUGUGUGUUUGUAUGCAAUAAAUAAUGAGUUGUACUCCAUAUUGUAUGUAUCAGUCAUGUAAUGAAAGCGCUCUACUCUAAAUAUGUGUAUUAAAAGUGUAUUAUUCGAAAAAUAAAAUAAAAAAGUGUAUUAUUUAUGGUGUCAAAAAA